GGCCGCUGGGAGGAGACGUCAGGCAGCUUCUCAUUCAGCCGGCAGCUUCAGUCACCAGGACGGAAUCGAUGCCACGUAGCCUAAAGUAGUAACUUCACUCCAAAGACCAGUCACUGAGCUGUUAACUACCAGCAGUAACAGUGGGGUCUGUCAGGUGCCCGUGAGCUCACGGAGGGUGUGGAGCUGGAUGUAUGAGACAGCUUCAUGGGCGUAAAAAACCAUCUGGAGGAUGGGACAGGCCACAUCCUCAGCCUGGGGCUGGAUCUAGACUACCUCCAUGUGGAAGGUGCUAAGCGGCAGGUCAGCCUGAGCACUGUGAGGGAUCCUGGGAGUAUAGGGGUCUUAAACGUCAAAGCUGGUAACGGCAGUAACAGUUUUGGUAGUAGUAGCACAAGUUUUAGUACUAAUUCAAUCUGUAGCAGCAGUAGUAGUUGCAGUAACUUUUCAGACAGUGACGAUGAACGGCUCCAGAAUGGGUCUGGUUCAGAAUCUCAAUACCCUCAGCAAGACCAGCCUCACCUACAGCACCAGGAGUCAUCUUCAGUCUUUCAGACAGUCAGGCUGGACCUGGCACCAAACCGAUGCCCUGGAGAACCCCCACAGCCAGAAACAUCACCCCCCACUGACCCCCUCACAGACUACCGCGCCAAGGUGGAGUUUGCUCUCAAGCUUGGCUACUCUGAGGAGCUGGUGCUGCUGGUGCUGAGGAAACUGGGGCCAGACGCACUCAUCAAUGACAUGCUGGGCGAGCUGGUCAAACUGGGAACCAAGACAGAGAUGGAGCAACAAAGAGGUUUGACUGUCUCCCAGUCUCCCUCCUUCUCUUUGUCAUCUGCUUUGGUCUGCUCCUCCUCCUCUUCUUCCUUAUCCAACUCCUCUCCGGACUCCUGUCGGCUGCUGUGUCCGUCCCAGCUGCUGGAGGACAAAGAAAACCUUCGGCCCAUUGUGGUGGAUGGGAGCAAUGUAGCCAUGAGUCAUGGAAAUAAGGAAGUGUUCUCCUGUCAAGGCAUCCAGCUGGCCGUUGAUUGGUUCUUGGAGCGAGGCCACCGUGACAUCACUGUUUUUGUCCCUGCCUGGAGAAAAGAGCAAUCACGACCUGAUGCCCUCAUCACAGACCAAGAGAUCCUACGGCAACUAGAGAAAGAGAAGAUCCUGGUCUUCACCCCAUCUCGCCGCGUGCAGGGACGCCGUGUGGUUUGCUACGAUGACCGAUUCAUUGUAAAACUGGCCUAUGAGUCAGACGGCAUCAUUGUUUCCAACGACAACUACCGUGACCUAGCCAAUGAGAAGCCAGAGUGGAAGAAAUUCAUUGAUGAGCGUCUACUGAUGUACUCCUUUGUAAACGACAAGUUCAUGCCACCAGAUGACCCACUGGGACGCCACGGACCCAGUCUGGAGAACUUCCUGAGGAAGAGGCCUAUUGUUCCUGAACACAGGAAGCAGCCAUGUCCUUAUGGGAAGAAGUGCACAUAUGGCCACAAGUGCAAGUUUUAUCACCCUGAGAGGGGUAGCCAGCCCCAGCGUGCCGUGGCUGACGAGCUCCGUGCCAGUGCCAAAAUGUCAUCAGUAGCUUCUAGAGGCCUACUGGAAGAUGCCCUGAUGGUAAAGAGCCAAAGUUCUGGUCAACCAAAAGGAAUGACUGAGGCCGAGCCAAGUCGGGGCACUCCAAAGAAACAGCCAAGCCCCAGCCUCCGGGGGUCCUUCACUGACCUCUUGGAGGACAAGCUUCGGAUCAAGUCCAAAGUGGAAGGACGUAGGGGAAGCAACAGCAGCAGCAGCAGCAGUAGCUGUAGCAGUAGCUUUCUAGGGUAUCCUGCUCCAGGGGGCGGGCCUUCAUCAGGAAGCUUUGACCGAUGGGAGGGAAGUGGUGGAGGCAGCUUGAGGGUUGCUGGAGCAUCUGGACCAAGCCAGACUGAACCUUACCACAGAUGUGAGUCUCCAGAGCUGGGCUACAGCUCACUGGUAAAGGCCUACUCUAGCCUCAGUCUGGUAGUGCCACAGAGUCCUGAGUGCUUCUUCCCAGCUGACCUGCGAGCUGGAUCACGACUGUCAGACUGUAGCAGUGAAGGCAGUGCCAGCUCAGACUCUUUCUCCCCUGACCCUUUGUUAGACAAUGGUUCCAAGUGCCACCAUCACCACCACCAUCCUCACCACCAUCAUCACUGCUCUGGCCAGAAUGCCCACACUGUAAGCCGUGUUCCUCCUGGACUGGGCCAACAUGCUCCUCAUAGCUAUCCUGUUCCUCAAGCACUACGGAGACAACAUGUUUUUGGCUUGGAAGACCCCCCAUCUUCUGUUACCUCUCAUGUAUCUCCACGUCCCUUCAAGUCCCCUUCACCCUACAUCCCACCCCACCUUCGGCAUCCAUUGCUGAGCAGUUUCCCAGGGGAAUUCCCAGCUUGUUCACCCCAAACAUCCACUGCUCACUCUCAGAGCAAUUUGAUGGGCUCCCUUUGGCAGGAAAGUGGGCUCCAGCACCCCCAAGUGUACAAAGGGUCACCACUACAUUCCCGAAGAAACCACUCGGGGCUAAACCAACAACCACAACAUCAGAUAAACUGGGACCCCCAUUACCAGCAGCCCCCUAAGCCUUGCUAUGAUCCGUAUGGCUUCCAGAGCCUUCCAGAAGUCCACAAGAAGGCUUGGCACUCUCCUUGGGGCAGGCCAGCCCAUUUAUCACCCCAUGACCUUUCUGCAUCCAGUCUUCCACCUCUCCCACAGCUGUCCCUUCCAUCCAUGACUACCCACAAAAGCCACCUGUCGUCAGUGCCCCAGCAACAGGAACCCCCUGUCUCGGGUCAAUACCAGGACCUUAGAGAGAGGGUGUUUGUUAACUUGUGCCGCAUCUUCCCUGCAGACUUGGUGAGGAUGGUGAUGACCAGGAACCCUCAUGUGGUGGAUGCUCAGGAGCUUGCAGCUGCGAUUCUGAUGGAGAAAUCGCAGCACGGUUCUUGA